UCUUUCUAGGCAUCAGUGAAUCUGAAAGGCCAAGAAAGUAGGAUUAUUUCAUUGGAUAGAAGUUGCAGGCAAACACCAAGUCUUCUGAUCAUGCACAUUCACUAUUUCUUGAUGAUUUGAUCUUACAUAGAAAAAGAUAUAUAUAGAGAAUUGUAGUUAUAUCUGGGCCACCAUGAACUAUGGAAAUAUGGAAUGGUAGCUUUCAGAAAUGGAACCUUUAAUUUUUACCACAAUAAAAAUUGGCUGGCGUAACCUGUACUUCCAUGGUCAUGCUGAUGGUUGUUGAGCUUAAAAAUUAUACUUGCUGAGCUGCCAUUCCAUGAUCAACUACAAUUCCUUUCUGUUUUCUUCUUUUAAACUGACUGUCAGGUGUCAACAAAUUUAUAUAUAGUACCCCCCAACCAUUGUCCCUGCCACAAUUUAGUCUCCAACUCCAACCAAUUUGGUUAUACCACCAACUCUCAGUUGCUACCAUUUUCUGCUUUUAUUUAUGUAACUACACAUUGGCCCAAUUUGCCCUAGCUAAGGGAGUAGGGUGGUCAUAGGGGGGGGGGGGUGGUGGUGUUUGUGUCCUUUGUCAUUACUUCGGAAAUUUUGCUUUAGAUCCAUGCAUGUAGGCCUCAUAUUUAUAGCAACAUGCCAGGAUUUUAAAUGGUCGCAGCAACUUGUGAAAGCUCCACAGGUGGUGAGAAAGAUAGAAUUGGAGCUCGCUUGGCCUCUUUGUAAUGUUUCUUGCUCAAAUGAGUAUUCCAACAACAGUAGCCUUUUGAACAAGAACAUAUGUUUUUGCCUUGCAUGAUUAUGAUGUUGCAGAUAUCUACUGUUUCUGAGAUGCUCAUUUGAGCAAGAAAUAUUAGAAGAGGAUAUUUUUCUUCUAGGGUCUUGCUUCAAUAAGAUGAAGAACUGCUUGCUCAAAGUUUAUCAGAUAAGUUGCUGUACUUUUGUUCCCUAGCCACCACACAUGCAAAGGUAGUUUUCUGAUUUUUGCUCACAAGAGUCUAGCAAUAAAACAAGGUUUAGGGUUUGCCUCCUCUCUUUUUUUUCCUGUGUUUUAGUUGCUAAAUAGGGGUUUCAUCUAGGUAGGGAAUAUUUAAGGUGAUGUCUCAGGUGGCUUCUCUCUCCACCCCCCCUUCCCGCACCUUUUCCUCCCUCCCUCCUGGUCUUGUUAUCCUGUCCUUAUCAUAUCAUGAGGUCCAUCUAUACAAUUAAUGCCUGUGCCAGUGAUGAUAUGAUUGCUCCUGAUCAAGGAUGAUACUUUUGUUUUGUUCCUGUGAGCACGUAUUCUGUCGAGUUUGUCACAGGGAUCAUGGUUAGUUUGUGUCUUGAUGAAAUCUGAUGGACUGGUUAAGCAUAUUUUUCCAUGAGAUUUAUUGUAUGAUGUCCUGAAUUGAAGUUAUCUGCGCUUGCUUACAUGGAACUAAUUCUGCUUCUGAUCACAGGUUUCUAAAUUCUCAAAAUGGUUAGAAUCUUCAGUUCUGCCGAUCAAAGACUUGCUCCACUGAUUCACAUGUGCCUUUCUCUUUCUUGUGCUUGCUGCAGUUUUGUUAUAAUCCUUUUGUCACCAUGAGACCUUAUGCUGGUUCCACCUCAAAUUCUAUUUUUAUUCCUGAACUAUCAUUACUGUCCCGGGAUGUGUUUUGUUUACAUCCGAUGAUACUAGCGUGUGUGUGUAAUUUCACGGUCACUGCUGAAGCCAUGUUCCUGAGAUCAGAUGUGCUUUAUAUGGUCUGUUCAUUUCUGGUUCUUGUUCUGGGCUACUAUGGACAUAUACUGAUGUUCUUGUUGCUUCAAAAUGGUUGAUCAUCUUCCUGUUUCUUCAUGAGCUUCUGAUCUUCUGCUAUGAAAGCUCCAAGAUCUUAAUUAAUUCAUGGCAAAAGGUUGGAAUGCAUAUAUAGGCCGCAGAAACUGAUAUGGAACAAGAUUCAAAGCCAAAGCUAAAAUUCUAAGAUCCAUCUAAAGCAGCAGGCAGAUACAACAGCUAAAAAGUACUCUCACUCACCGGAAAAAAGCAGCCAGACAGCACAGAAACCUCCCCUACGAAGAAAGAAAAGCAUCUCAAGUCCACUUCUUGAAUGGAUUAUGGUUAUACCCCAUGCAGUACAAUUCACAACCUUCACCUCUCCUCACCACAAACAUGGAGAAAGCCUUGGCUACGUUUUCUGCUUCAACAGCCACCGCAAUUUUACUUCUUGCCUCAACUCUCUAUAUUCAAGGAGUGGAAGGAAGUAUUGGAGUAAACUAUGGCACGUUGGCUAACAACCUGCCUCCACCAGCACAGGUAGCCCAUUUUCUUUUAGAAUCCACCAUUAUCAACCGCGUUAGGCUCUUUGAUGCCAGCACCGAAAUUCUACGAGCCUUUGCUCACAAAGGCAUUGAAGUCACAGUCACAGUGACAAAUGAUCAAAUCCCUCACCUUACCAACAUAGGUUUUGCACAAGAAUGGCUGAAGUCCAAUGUCCAACCUCAUGUGCGGACCACCAACAUUGUCCGAAUCUUGGUAGGCAAUGAAGUAAUAUCAACAGCAAACAAAUUGUUAAUAGCAAGCUUGGUUCCUGCUAUGCAAACUCUUCAUACAGCUUUAGUUGGUGCGUCAUUAGACAGUAGAAUCAAAAUCUCUAGCCCUCACUCUUUAGGCAUUCUCUCAAGUUCGAGCCCACCAUCCGGUGGGAAAUUUCGACAAGGAUAUGAUACACAUGUUCUUAAACCGUUGCUUAGCUUCCUUAGAGCUACCAAUUCACCAUUCAUGAUUAACCCUUAUCCAUUCUUUGGAUCCUCUCCUGAAACUCUUGAUUAUGCACUGUUUAGGCCUGGUUCAGGAGUGUUUGAUGAAAACACCAAGCUUUCUUACACAAACAUGCUAGAUGCGCAACUGGAUGCUGUCUUUUCAGCAAUGAAACUUCUUGGUUUUAGUGAUAUUGAGAUUGUCAUAUCCGAAACCGGGUGGCCAUCACUAGGAGAUUCAUCACAAGUUGGUGUUGAUGCAGAAAGUGCAGCUCAAUACAAUAGGAAUCUGAUGCAGCAUGUAACAUCUGGAGCUGGCACCCCGCUCAUGCCCAACCGGACAUUUGAAACUUACAUUUUCGCACUUUUUAAUGAAGAUCUCAAGCCAGGGCCUACCUGCGAGAGGAAUUUCGGAUUGUUCCUGCCGGACAUGACUCCAAUGUACGAUAUUGGAAUCCUAAGGUCUACGGUAGCUGCUGCUAGCAAAUUCCACCAUGCUACAUAUAUCUCAGUCCUUACAAUCGGGCUUCUAAUAAUUUCUAACAAUGGUGACAACAUGCUUUGUUAAUUAUUAGUUAAUGUCAAUUAACUCUCCGAUCACCUUGCACGUAAAAUUUUGAUCGAAAUUCUUUCUUGACAGGCUAAAUCAUCCAUUCCUACGAAUCCUGCCCUUGUACCAAGUGACUGCACUGGUGAGUCCAGGUUCAUGAGAAGGGCCUUAAGGAAAAAAAGCG